AGACCCACCCCCCUUUUCCAGCCCUAGGGGAGGGAGCGUUAACUAAUGGUCUGUGUAAACUGAUGCUCAUGCAGUAAGAGUUUGGAGAAGUGCUGCUUGUACAAGUUAAAGCAGGCACUGAAGAAAGACCAACCAAAUAAAAAGCAGCUGCAGGAGCAAAGUUGACCCCUCUGAAAUUAAAAAACCAUGUCUUUCUCCGCAAGAGUUUUGACGAUGAAAUGCAAGCAGACGAUUGAAUCCGAGAGGACUUACUUUUACCAGGCGCUUUUUGCCAGCAGUAGGUUUCCUGGACUGGCCAGACUGUGCAGCAGCCAGUCCCUGGCGGUGCGGAGCAGCCCGCGGGAAGAGGCGGCGAACAAAGGCGAAGGGCGCGGAGCGGAGCUGCUGGAGGCCCCCCGGCGCCGCCUGGGCAGGGUGAAAAGCCUGCACGAAAUGCCCGGACCCAACACCCUCUACAACCUCUACGAGUUCUUCUGGAAGGACGGCUUCGGCCGCAUUCAUGAAAUCCAGCAAAAACACACUCAGGAAUAUGGAAAGAUCUUCAAGUCUCACUUUGGUCCCCAGUUUGUUGUAUCCAUUGCAGAUCGAGACAUGGUUGCUCAAGUCCUGCGAGCAGAAGGUAGAGCACCACAAAGAGCUAACAUGGAAUCCUGGCAGGAGUACAGGGAUUUACGAGGGAGAGCCACAGGGCUUAUUUCUGCGGAAGGUGAACAAUGGCUAAAAAUGAGAAGUGUACUGAGGCAAAAAAUUCUGAAACCUGAAGAUGUGGCUUUUUACUCUGAAGGAGUCAAUGAAGUUAUCAAAGACUUAAUUAAAAGAAUCCACACCCUCAGAAGUCAAGAGGAGGAUGGGGAAACAGUAACCAAUGUUAACAACCUUUUCUUCAAGUACUCGAUGGAAGGUGUGGCGACUAUUCUGUAUGAAUGCCGUCUGGGCUGCCUGGAAAACAACAUCCCACAGCAGACUGUUGAAUAUAUUAAGGCUCUGGAGUUGAUGUUUAGUAUGUUUAAGAUCACUAUGUAUGCAGGUGCUAUGCCCAAGUGGCUUCGUCCUCUUAUUCCAAAACCCUGGAGAGAGUUCUGCAGAUCCUGGGAUGGACUCUUCAAAUUUAGUCAGAUCCAUGUUAACAACAAAUUGAAGGCUAUUCAGUCUCAGCUGGACCAAGGAAAAGUAGUGAAUGGUGGGCUACUUACAUACCUCCUAGUGAGUAAGGAACUUACUUUGGAAGAGAUCUAUGCCAAUAUGACUGAAAUGCUUCUGGCAGGAGUGGACACAACUUCUUUUACUUUGUCCUGGGCAACAUACUUGUUGGCAAAGCACCCAGAGGUUCAGCAAUGUGUUUAUGAGGAAAUAGUCAACAAGCUGGGCAAAGAUCAAGUUCCUGUUGCUCAUGAUGUCCCGAAAUUGCCUUUGAUUAGAGCCGUGCUGAAAGAAACCUUGCGUUUAUAUCCGGUAUUGCCAGGAAAUGGAAGAGUGACCCAAAAAGACUUGAUCGUUGGAGGAUACUUUAUACCUAAAGGGACACAGCUGGCACUUUGUCAUUAUACUACUUCAUACAGCGAGGAAUAUUUCUCAAUGGCAAACGAGUUCCGACCUGAGCGCUGGCUGAGGAAAGAUAACUUGGACAGAGUAGACAACUUUGGUUCCAUCCCCUUUGGCUACGGAAUUCGAAGCUGUAUUGGGAAAAGAAUUGCAGAGCUGGAAAUUCAUCUUGCACUGAUUCAGUUACUUCAGAAUUUUGAGAUCAAAAUUUCUCCUAAAACCAAACCUGUUCAUGCCAAAACCCACGGACUUUUGGUUCCUGGAAACUCCAUCAAUAUGAGAUUUUCUGACAGAAAGUGAGACUCAGAUAUUUUGGAAAUACUUAUGCGAUUUUCAUGGAAACAGACUUUCAUUUUAUGGAUGUUUAAACAUGCUUGUUGUCUGGUUUGUAGGUAUUUGGCAAAAUGAUGAAGUAUUACGUUCUGCCUUAGUUGUAGCAGUAUGUAAGAGAAAUUAUCUCUUCUAUAAUAGUUAUUUACACAUAUGGAAAUAUAUACUGAAAAAAUUCCUUCUUGCACCGGGAAUCUCCUUUUACCUGGAAAGACUUCUAGUAAUAACACAUGCAUUGAAAAAAAAGAACAAAAACCCAAAACAACUAAAAGUAAAUUCACACAUGUUAAUGUCAUUCAGUGGUUUUGUAUCCAUGUAAGUUGUCUUUUAUAUAUAAUAAAAUA